AGCCUUUGUACCGGUUGAAUCCACUUAUAGAUUUCUAUAGCGUCACAAAAAUCUUAUUAUACAAAAUUAAUUGAACUGAAAGAAAGCGCAAACUAUACACAACUAUACAAUGCCUUUUCUUAUUCCUUAUCAUCAUGAUCAUCAAUAAAAAAUAAUGGAAACUAAAUAAAAGUCACACAAAAAUAGACGCAAACAAAGUGCAUUCCCUGACCACAAAACAACAAGCGAGCUCAUUAUCAGUCACUAUCAAAAACACUUCCCUAUACCGAACACUGAACACUGAAUCACUCUCAACAUUUUAAACCCACUAUCACCUGGUCAUUAGCAACAACGAAUUGGCUAUCAAUUGGCUGGCAAAAAAAAUUACAAGCAAAAAACCUAGUGCUCAACACUAAUCUGGGUUUUUCAAAACGAAAGCACAAUAUUUUCAGAUAACACAGACACAAAAGUUUAUGCUAUAUAGUAAAACUGUAGAGUGAAUCAAAAAGUGUAAAGACAAUGCGCACAACUUUCGGCCGUGGCCCAAAGUUUAUACUGCUCACCAGCAAAUUCAACCACGUUCAACACAAGGAGGUGAUCACCUAGAUCGACUCGCAAAACAGUGAAUAUCCGUUAUAAGUGAAGGAUAGCCCAGUGAAGAUCGAACCCAGUUUGUAGAACCAGUGAUCAUGUCGUCGGAUACGAAUUCGUGCACCAGUUUCUUCGCCCAGGAGCAUGCGAAUGCCACAUUGUCGCAGUACUUCCAGCAGCUCAACUCGCAAGUUGCUGCUGCAGCGGCGGUAAACAGUGGCAACAGUGGCAGCAGCAACAACAACAACAACAACAGCAGCAGUGGCAACAACAGCAGCAGCGGCAACAGCGACAGUGGCAACGAUGGCAGCAUGACGGGAUCCUCGGGAACCAUGGACAACCAUCGCAGCAGUGUCAGCAGCAAUGACUCCGGAAAAAGUAGUGCAGGGGGUGGCGGAGGGGGGAAUGCCAGCAGCAGCAACAACAACAACAACGCGAAUGCCUGGGCCUUGCAGCAGCAGCAACACCAGGCGGCAUCCUUGCACCACCAGCAACAGCAGCAGCAGCAGCAGCAACAUCAGCAGCACCAACAGCACCUGCAGCAGCAACACCAGCAGCAUAUACUGCAGCAGCAGCAGCAGCAGCAACAGCAACACCAGCAUCACGUACAGCAGCAACAUCAUGGGAAUGCGCUGCAUCCGCAUCAUACGCACCAGCAGCAGCAACAACACCAGCAACAGCAGCAGCAACAGCAACAACAGCAGCAACAGCAACAUGCACAGCAGCAACAUCAUGCCGCACAGCUGGCCCACACACUUUCUUCGGCGGCUGUUGCUGCUGCCGCUGGAAAUACCAACGGCAACACCAACACACACUCCAUUUUCGGCACCGGCAACUUCCACUACAAGACGAACAACUCGUGGACGCUGCCCACUCUCAAUUAUCAGCGGAUUUACCAGGAGAAUCCCCACUAUCAGCGCAACUCCUUCAUGGAUCCUCAGAGCAAUGUGUCCGCCGUUGCAGCUGCGGUUGCAAGUGGCAACCAGGGAUCGAAUGGCAAUGCGAGUGGCAACAACAAUCCUGUUGUGCCGGGAAAUGGCAGUGGAAAUGCUGGAAAUCCCGGCCAGAACAAUGGCAACAACAACAACAACAGCAGCAGCAACAAUACCAACAGCAACAACAACGUGUCCUCCGUGCAACAUGUCGCAAAUGCCGUGGCAGCAGCUGUCAACGAGCAUCACAACCAUUUGAACAGCCUAAAGGCACGAUUUCUGCCAGCGAGUUCAGGCAAAUCCACAUCGAAUAGCAAAGAAAUCAUCUGCCCAGAUGACAAAUACAAGGAGGAGGGCGACAUCUGGAAUGUUGAGGCGCAAACAGCGUUUCUGGGCCCAAAUCUGUGGGACAAGACCCUACCCUACGAUACCGACCUCAAGGUAACACAAUAUGCCGACCUAGACGAGUUCCUGUCGGAGAAUAACAUACCUGAUGGCCUGCCUGGCACGCAUCUGGGCCACACGAGUGGUCUGGGUCACCGGUCCGAUUCCCUGGGCCACGCAGCGGGUCUGUCGCUGGGCCUGGGCCACAUAACCACAAAGCGGGAGCGGUCGCCCUCGCCAUCCGACUGCAUCAGUCCGGACACGCUAAAUCCGCCAUCGCCGGCCGAAUCAACCUUUUCGUUCGCCUCCUCGGGCCGUGACUUUGAUCCGCGAACUCGAGCCUUCUCCGACGAGGAGCUCAAGCCGCAGCCGAUGAUCAAAAAGUCACGCAAGCAAUUUGUUCCAGAUGAGCUCAAGGACGACAAGUACUGGGCGCGCCGCCGGAAGAACAACAUUGCCGCCAAGCGAUCCCGCGACGCCCGGCGCCAAAAGGAGAACCAGAUUGCGAUGCGGGCACGCUACUUGGAGAAGGAAAAUGCAACAUUACAUCAGGAGGUGGAGCAGUUGAAACAGGAGAACAUGGACUUGCGUGCACGUCUAUCGAAAUUCCAAGAUGUGUAAUGAUAAAUACAAUUUUGUGACUUGGCCUGAGGACACCACAACAAUUAAAUAAUAAUAACUAUUGAUAAAAUAACAAUAAUCAUAACUAUGAUAAAACUACUAAUAAUGUUUAGUACAGCAGACAUGAAACCUACACUAUAAAGUACAUAUUAUAUCUAAAUAUGUAUAUGCAAAAAUAUAAUUAGUAAGCAAAAACAAAAACAAAAACACACACACAACAAACCCCUCACGGCGUCGUGCUCCGCUUAAAUAUUUAUUUUAUGCUAAAAACUAAAAGCAAGUUAACUUAACGUAAAGGAGGAGAAACCGCAUGGAAACUAAACAUUUUUUAGAGUAGCCAAAAAGAAAGUCUCACGAGAGCGGAGCGUUGAAAAGCUCUGCAGCCGAAGCUUUUUGCCUUUAAAGUAGCAUACUUCCGAGCGCAAUGGGAACCCAAAACACUGAAAGAGACACACGUAGAAGAACCCAGACCUAGAAUUGUUAUCUUUUAAAUUGUUUGAUAGUUGUCUAGCUUAGUUUUACGCAAAACUCCCCCUUCUUCGCCUUCUUCUUCUACUUUCCCCCUCCCUACUACUUUCAUUUUUAUUAUUUUUUGUAAUUAGUUCUUUCGGUUAAGUUUUGCUUUAGCUGUUAGUGAAUGGAAACCACACCCACACACACACAACAAAUCAUAUUGUAAAUAAUUUCGUUGCCUAUUUUCAAAUUAACUCGAGAGAAGAAUUAACAUAAAAAGCAUAAGAAAAACUUGUAUAAAAAAUUGCAAAAUGAAAACCCACAAAAAAAAGAGAACAUUAAAGAAACGCUAAGAAAAGAAAACCAUUUAGAAAUGAGCAAAGAACUUCCCUCCUCAGUUGCCGGGCACUUGGCAGCUGGUUAGUUUAAGUGAGCUAUGAUUUUUAUAUAAACCUAAUGAAAAAAAUAUCAGAAAACCCCAAAAAAAUAUUCAAGCUGACGGACCGAGACAGACGACGGACAGAUGAAAAUGCAAAACUAGAAGUGAAUAGUUUUCGUUGUUGAUUUGUUGAUACUAAAAUAACCAACCCAAAACUAACCCAGACAUAGUCAGCUGGUUAAAGCGGAGAACUACUUUUCUUACUACCUACUAACAAACGAACACAGACCAUCCCCCGGAAAAACCCCUUCAUACCGCGCUAUCUCCUCACAUAUUUUCACAAUUUUCCUUUUAGUUUGUAAAAAUUUUAUUCGUUUAUCUUUUAUAACAAGAAACCCUAUUUCUUUUGGUGUGAUUUGCAAGAUCUUAAACAAACAAUUUAAAAACUAAACGUUUUUACAUAAUACCAUACAAUUAUGUUACUUUAAACAACAACUAUUUUCGUUAGUUAAGUUUAUUACUUAUUAUUAUUUGUUAUACAUUUGAGUUACAUUUACCUGCUUACAAUUAUCUAGAACAUUAAGAAAAUAUAUGAAACCACAAAAAAAUAUCGACCGAAAGCAAAAUUCAUAUUUUAUAUUCAGCAAAGAAAAUGGAAGCUAAUACAAGAGCAUAAAGAUUUAAUUAAGUUCAUUAAGCACUUCUUUUUAAACGAAAUUUAAUAAGUUUUAUUUAUUCUAUGGAAAAAAUGUGCAAAACCAACAAAAACAGAAAUAAACCACAAAAACAAAGACGGAUAAAGGAGAGAACGAGCGUAACGAAAAAGUGAGAAAGCAAACAACAAACAUUUGUGUGUAAUAAUAAAAGUCUAAGCGUUGCUUUUAACUAUUGAAAA